AUGAGCACAUGCACACAUUCCCUCACAGGCAUUCAGAGAGAGUUCAGUGUAGAUGCCGUCUGCAGUUGAAGAGAAAGAAAUAGAGGGCUUAGAACAGAAGGUCUUAAAGACCAGAAGACCAGUGUAGGAACAGAUUAUUGUACAUUACGAUACAUUCUGUUGGUAGUUGUAAAAGGACGUGGAAAUUAAACGUUGGACCAUCAGGUGUCCAUGUCCAUGGCUAGAGGACAUUGGAGAAGUGAGGAAAGAGUGAAGGAGUGAAGGAGAAGUGAGUAAACAGAGUGCAGGAUGACUCAAACGUGGCAGGAUUUGGCAACCAAGAGGAAGAAGUCUGGAGCGUCUCUUAACUUAGUCCCAGGAGUUUCUCAACAUCUGCGUGAUGAGCAAGAGGCUGUGCAGAAGCGGACCUUUACAAAGUGGAUCAACUCCCAUUUGGCAAAGAGGGACCCUCCACUGGUGGUGAAGGAUUUGUUUGAGGACAUUAAGGAUGGAGUGAUGCUGCUGGCUCUGUUGGAAGUUCUGUCUGGACACAAACUGCCGUGUGAGCAGGGCCGUAAGCUGAGGAGGAUCCACUGGCUGGCCAACGUGGGAACGGCUCUGCGCUUCCUGGAGGGCAGGAGGUCUGUGUACAGAGGAUCUCCGAUAAAACUAGUGAACAUCAAUACAACAGAUGUGGUCGACGGCAGACCCUCUAUUGUGCUGGGCUUGAUAUGGACGAUCAUAUUGUAUUUCCAGAUUGAGGAACUCACCAGCAGUUUACCACCUCAGAAGGGUCAGACUAGCAGCACCUCCUCAGUGGACAGCUCCAACAGCACAGAGACAGCCAGCCCGCCUGUCAAACGCAAGCCCCGUCUCUCCUUUCAGGGUGGUGCCAAGAGAGCCCUGCUCAAAUGGGUUCAGCGAACAGCUACUAAGAGGCUGGGGCUGGAUGUGAAGGACUUUGGUCCCAGUUGGCGCUCUGGUGUGGCGUUCCACGCAGUUAUCUUUGCUCUGCGGCCACAGCUGGUCAACAUGGAACGCGUGUGGAACAGACCAAACAGAGCCAACCUGGAAGAGGCCUUCUCACUAGCGGAGAGAGAGCUGGGCAUACCACGCCUGCUCGACCCUGAAGAUGUGGAUGUCGACAAGCCAGAUGAAAAGUCCAUCAUGACGUAUGUUGCUCAGUUCCUGAAGCACCAUCCAGACACACAGGAGGCAGAGAGUGUAGGACAGCAGGAGGAGCUUGGUCUUGCUCUUCAAGUCAUUGGAGAAAUGUUUGAGCGAGAGCAGCGGAAGAUUCUUCAGGAGCUGAAGGCCUGGGCUGAUCAGUUAGAGAGAGACUGUGCUCAGGCUCAAAUAGAAACAGGAGACUGUGGUCAGCAGUACCAGUCCUUUAAGCAGUGCCGUGUUCAGUAUGAGUUGAAGAGGAGACAGGUGUUGUCCAGUCUUCACUCCACUCAGAAGGAUGGCUUUCUGACCUCAGACCAGGCACUGCUAAAACAGGCCUGGGAGAGACUGUCUACUAGGCUACUGGACUGGCAUAAGCAGUUGGAUGCUGCCUUGCCAGAUCCUCUGGGUGCAGUCGGUAUCUGGCUGCAUCAGGCUGAGAAAAUCCUCCAAGAGGAGCCGCUUCCCCAGCAGAGUCACGAGCAGACCGCUAAUGCUAUCCACCAGACACUGCAGCAGCAUCAGGACGUCCUCAGGCUUCUCGAAACGCACCAGCAGACUUUCCAGCGGCUCCAUAGAGACAGAAGUGUCAGCGGUGUUCCUGUAGGAGCAGAGCAGCUCCAGGACAUGGCAGAGAGAAUAAACUACAUAUCUACCUCCUCACACAUUCAUUUGAGCAAACUGGAAUUUUGGGAGCUGAAGUACCGUAUGCUGGCAUUCCUGACACUGGGAGAAUCCAAGCUAAAAUCCUGGAUAGUCAAAUAUGGCCGACUGGAGUCUGCACAGCUUCUGCUGCAGAGCUACAUGUCAUUUGUUGAAGACCAGCAGUUCUUCCAGAAGUAUGAGUCCCUCAGUGAAGCCCUGAAGCAAACCGCUGUGCUUUACACAAACGCUGACAGCUCCGCUGAGGAGGCUGUGAGGCGGUUUCUGAGGGAUGUGGCUGAUCAGUGGAGGAGUCUGGCAGUGGAGGUGCGCAGUGUUCGCUCCAUGCUGGAGGAGGUGCAGGGGAACUGGGAGAAGUACAGCAGUGCUGUGUCCUCUCUACAGGUCUGGCUGGAGGAUGCCCAGGAUGCACUGAACCAGCCUGAGAACAACAAACGAGAGUUCUUCAGGAAUCUUCCACACUGGAUGGAUCAGCAUGCUGCCAUGAACGAUGCAGGAAACUUCCUCAUAGAGACGUGUGAUGAGACAGUGUCCCGCGACCUGAAGCACCAGCUGCUGCUCCUCAACGGGAGAUGGAGAGAUAUGUUCAAUAAAGCCAAACAGUAUGUUUGUGUUCAUGAGACUCAGAUUCAGACGGAGAAAGAGCAGCAGGAGGCAGUCACUGCUCUCAGAGACUUUCUGCAAACUUCUGCAGCCAAACUGACCUCACCUGUCCAGCUGUCACUACCAGAUAUCGGGAGCUUUGUGCAGGACAUUGAGGCCAUCAUUCACAGGCUCCCAUGGAUGGAGGCUCAAUACAAGACAGCUGCACGUUCUGUCCAGCUCCGGGCCAGAGACACGGGCAAUGGGGAUGGAAGACAAGCAUUGACUACAAUGGCAUCGAUCAAAGGACAGCUGUACAAGAUGAAGGAGAAAUGUCCGGUGGUCCUGAGAGAGUGCCAAACUGUCCUUCCUUUGCUGGAGGAACUGGAGAGGCAGAUCUCAGCCUUUUAUCAGACUGCAGAGUCUGCCGGCCACAUCAUCACCCAGCAGCAUGACCAGCACAAGAACCGGGAGCUGCUGUCUCAGCAGCAGAGCUGUCAGCGGUGUGUGUGUGUAGUGGAGCGCAGUUAUCUGGCCUUGCAGAGGGCUCUGUGCUGCACUAAGACUCUGUACAACUUCGACCCAUCUCUGCUGCAGAACAGAGUGACAGAGCUUCAGACCACAGCCCAGGUGCUGAUGCAGGAGGCGCUGGAGUGGAGGAGAGUUGCUGAGGCCAACGGUAAUCUGACCAGGAGGUUUGAGGAGUCCCGAGCUGAGCUGGAGAAGACUCUGCGGGUGGGUCAGGCGUGUCUGAAGGAGAGAGGAGACCCAGCUGAGCUUUUCAGCAAACAUAAUGAUUUUUUCGGAAGGCUGGACCAGCGAGUCUUGAAUGCAUAUCUGAAGGCAUGUGAUGAUCUGACUGAUAUCUUGCCAGAGGAAGAACAGCAGGGUCUACAGGAGUCAGUCAGGAGGCUGCACAAACAGUGGAAGGAUAUCCAGGCUGAAGCACCUGUCCACCUGUUAAGGCUGAGAGUGGAAGCGGAGCGACGUAUGGUGAUGACAUCACUACAGGAGUGCAGGCUAGAGCUGCAGAAAGAGGAGAAGGCCCUUUCCACAGCUGGCAGUGAGAAAGUGAUCAAAGAACACAGGGCCUAUUUCAGACAGAAGGACCCCCUCUCUAUAUAUGAGGGGAGACUAAAAACCAUGGAACAGCUGUGCCAGAGACUUCCAGAAAAUGAUCUGAUGCAGAAAGCUCUGCUGGAGACCAAAGAUUACCUGUCAGAGGUCAAAGCUGAAGUGGAAUAUACUUACAUGAGACUCCUGCAGCAUCCAGACAAGUGGAGGGAGUGGCACACAAGGUUUGGGGAGCUGUCUAGCUGGCUGUCCUCCCAGGAGGCCAAGCAGAGAAGUGGAGAGAGCUCCACUGUGCAGAGUGGGGUGCUGAGGGCUCAGGUGGACACUUUGGAUUGGCUGAAAGCUCGUUUGGCUGUACUGGAGGACCUGAGCACCGACACUGAAGCGAUCACACAGAGAACAGCAUUGGAUGAUCUCUCCAGCAAGCUCAGUGCCCUUCUCGCCUCUCUGGAAGAGGAAAUGUCAUUAAAUGGACACAGUGAGAGUGGACAGGAGGAAGUGCAGCAGAAGGAAGAGUCGCUGCAGCCACAGGAGCACAGCAGAAUCCUGAAUGCAGAGAGUGCAGCAGAGGCCAGACAACUGCUCGUAGUUCACCAGCAGAAGCUGAAGAUCCAGGGCAGGAGAAAGGAUGUAGAGCUGCAGGGGCUCUGCACUCGUCCUUAUGCUGCACCGGUACUGGGUGACGAGAGCAAAGAAAGCAGCAGGGCAGCUCAGGAGGAACGUCUGCAGGCUAUUGUGCAUGCAUGGCAGGACUUCGAGCAAGACAGAGAGGCUGUGUGGCAGUUUGUGUGCAGCACCACUCCUGUCCUGCAGAGGGAGCACAUCUUUAGCAGUCUGGAAAAUCUCACUGCUGAACUUGAGCAUGUCAGAGAGCUGCACACACAGACAGGUGUGCUCACAGAUCAGGCCCAGUCACUUGUGAAAAAAGCAACUGAGAUCCAGCUGGGUGCCCAGAAUCAUUCUCUUCUGCACGAUCAGGCCCAGGCUGCUCAAGAGAAAGUGCAGGAAAUACAAAUCUCCCUUGAGAAAAUGACAUUGGAACUUAAACAGAUGCAAGAUCUGUGGCAGCAUUUUAUCAAUAAGUCAGAAGAUUUUUCCUGCUGGGUGUGUGAAAGAGAGAAAGACCUGGAAGCUGUGGACCUCAACUUUGCCCCCUUGGAUCAACAGCUUCAGACUGUAAAGGCAAUAGAGGCAGGUUUGGAGGAGAGAAUGGAUGUCUUGAACCAGCUGGAGAUGGAGUGUCAUGCUCUGACUCGUUUCAUAACUCCAGGAGAAGCAGAGCGCAUAAAAGCUCGUUUAAUUCAGAUUAGCAGGUACUGGGAGGAGCUUAAGAACAAUGUGAAGCAGCGAGGGGUGGAGCUUCAGGUUAGCUCUUCUCAUAAAAUGAAGUUGACUGAAGAUCUGGAUGAGGUAAAAAAUCUGUUGAAAGAGCUUGCAGAGAAGUUAAACAAGCCAGUUACUUCUUGCUCGUCAUCAUCAGAAACAUACCAGGCUCUGCAUGAUCAUGUGGAUGUCUGGCAGGCUCUGAAGCAGCUGGAGCCCAGGCUGGUUUCAUUGAGCCUAGGCUUGAGAAGGCUUUCUGAUGGGGGUUGUGUGGAGAAAGAGGUGGCAGAACUCCAGCAGACUCAUGCACAAUGCACAACGGACGCUGCCAGCAAACAAGCCAUGUUGGAUGAUCUGCUUACUCUGUGGCAAAAGUAUGAAAGGGAUUUCUCAGUGCUGCAUGGCUGGUUGGACAGGUGUGAGUAUCUCUGUAACUCUGAUACUCCGUACCUGACCAUGGAUAAGGCCAAGCUUCAUAGCCAGCUACAAAUGCUGCAGGACCUGCAGUCUGAGGUUCCCUCUCAGGAGUCCUUGUUGGAGAUGCUGGAGACCCAGGCUGAGUCACUGUACCCCACUGCAUCAGAGGAACGAGUAGGAGAACUGACAGAGCUUCACUGUAGCCUGGAGGAGAGAUGGUGCUCUCUCAGUACAAACAUACCCCUUAGGAUUCAAGAACUUCAGACCCAUCAAACUCAGCUGGAGCAGUUUAACCAUGCUCUGAUAACUCUUAUCAUGUGGAGUGAGAACUUCCUUGGGGAGCUUAGAAGCAAAUCUAAAGUCUCCAUCACUGACUUGACAUCUGUUGGUACCCAGAUCAAGGAUGAUGAGUCUCUCCUCCAGACCCAGAGAGAAGCAGUGGAUGGCCUGCAGCAGCACAUCAAUGCUUUUGGUCCCUCUUUAACUCCUGAGGACCUCCAGCGACUGCAGGUCAGGAAGGAGGACUGUCUGCAGCCUUUUGUUGAGGCACACAGCCUUCUUCAGCGCCGGAGCGAGACCUUAGUUAAACUGGAGACUUUCCUGGUGACCUACAGAUCAACCACCAGCUCGCUUCAGACCCUCCAGGGAGCUGUUGAAGGGCGGGACAGCUGGGACCAAGCCAAGGCUGGGCAGCUCAACCAGGAACUAGGGCGGCUUGCCCAGGAGUUAGCCUCCCUGGAGAUGCAAGCUAUAAGUUUGGACAGCUCUCUUAGCAAGUCAUACCUGCACCUGCAUGGAACUGGGGGAGAGCGGACGUCCUGCAGGCGGCUAGUGGAUGAGCUGGGGUCAGGUCUGCAGGGGCUUCAGAGGAUACUGGGGACAAGGCAGAGUGAGGCAGAUGCUCUAAAAGCAAUGUGGAACUCCUUUAGAGGGAGAAAGGAACUGCUGUUGAAGAGCCUAAAGGAGUUGGAAGAGAGAACCAGGAGAAAGUGGCUUACGGAGCCCAGCAUUCAGAGCUUUCAGCAUAGGCUAUGGAUACUGGACCAAUUGGAGGAGGAGCUCCAGGCCCUGCAGCACAGUCAGCUGUGGUUAAGGGAGAGAGGAGAGCAGCUGUCCCAGAGAGACCAUGAGCUGGCUAAGGAGGCCCAGCAGGAUGUAACCCUGGUCCAGUCCAACUGGGAAAAGACAGAGAAACUCAUCUCUGAGGAGCAGGAGCAAUGUACACUCUUGUUGGAGACCUGUAGGGAUUACUUUAAUCUAAAGUCCAAAAUCACCUCUGCUGUUGAGAGAGCAUGUGCUGUCACUACAGCCCAGUUUGGCCAAAGUAACCCUGAAGACAUCCAAAGGGCUCUCUCUCGGCUGGAGGCGGUGAGGCCAGAGUUGGCAGGCACACAGGAGGAGCUGAAUCUGUUCAUCAGCAAAGGCAAACGCCUUAUUAGUGAGCUGAGGAAGCUUUCAGAAGACACGGGAGAAAGUGUCCGUGCAGAGAUGGACAGCAUUGUGGACCAGUGGCUGCACACUUCUGAGAAGAUGGAUGCUGACAUUGGUCGUCUUACGGUUUCUCUUGUGUUAUGGAACGAGAUUAAUUCUAUUGCCAACGACAUUGAGUGUUGGAGCAUCACUUCUGUUAGUGAGCUCAGUGAGGGAGCUGUUAACCUCUUAUCCAGCUCUAAUGUGGAGGAGCGCCUCACUCAGUUCAAGCUGGAGCUGUACAGUAAGGAGGAGGUACUAGAGGUUCUGCAGGGAAAAGUGACUGAACUACAAGAUGUGACAAAGACCCAGCGAACACCCACAGAGCUCCAGGCAAUGGAAGCUGACCUCAGGAAGAAGAUCUUACAUGCUGAAGAGAUUUAUGAGCAGACCAAGUCCAUUCUGAGGGACUUCAGUUCCAAGAGGCAGCAGCUCCAGGACAUCGUUUCCCAUAUAGCUGAGCAGUUGGAGACCACUGAGGAUGCUCUAUCAGAGCUGUCUCAAUCAUCUGAUCCAGAAAAUGUAGCCAAGAUAAAGGGUCUCCAGAGAACUCUGAAGCAGAUGGACAGUGGUUUGGACAUGGCGGGCGAGUCUCUAAGAGCUCUCUGUAGAGCUUAUCCAUCUCAGCAGCUUACCCAACUUGGAGAGGGCAUUACUGUCCUGGUGAAGCAGAGUGAGGCCACAGCUUUGCGUGCUACUUGGGUCAUUGGGGCACUUCAGGAAACCCUUCUCCAGCGUUUUAAUGAACAUGCGCAAGAUUUCCACCAUUGGCUCUCAGAGCUGAAGACAGCAACAGAGAACAGUUCUGAGCAGGCAGGAGAAGAUCCUGACAUUUCGACUCAGCUGCAGACACUUAAGGUUGCAUUGGAGCAUAUGGGAGAGGGUGAAAAGCGCUUGGCUGAACUGAGUGCAGAAGGAGAGAGACUUCUGUCACACCUGUCCAAAGCCCGGGCUGGAGGAGUACAGGAACAUUUAGCCUCAUGUCAGCUGGCCUUAGAUGGGUUUGUGGUGGCAUGCAGACAGAGACUGCGCUCUCUGGAGGAGACAGCUGCCCUACAGGAUGGGUUUGAGGUCCGUGUGGAGGAGUUGAGAGCCUGGCUGCAGCAGAUGGCGGUGAGCCUGCAGGCAGAACCUGCUCUUUGGGGAAAGAGCCAGCAAGUAGCCUCUGACUGCUCUAUACAGCUGGAGAGAAUAGAGGAGCUCCACAAAGAGCUGCUGAUGAGAAGGCCAUCUCUGGAGCGCCUGUGCCAAGCCUCUCUGACCAUGUCUGAUAGCCGAGCAGCAGGCACUGAGGCUAGUCUCUCCAUGGAGCUGCUCUCCUCCCACCAGGCUCUGGUACAGGAAACCUGGGCACGAUUACGUGGCCUGCAAGAGUACCAGGCUUUCAUGGAGGCACACAAGGCCAUAGGAGACUGGCUGGAGGAGGUGGAGGAGAGGCUGGAGAAACUUGAAAGCACGGAAGGGAACAAAAGGGAUGUGCAGGAGAGACUGGAACAAGUGCAAGAUAUCCUGUUGAUGAAGGGUGAGGGUGAGGUGAAACUCAACAUGGCUGCUGGGAAGGGGGAACUGGUCAUCAAGAACAACGGGGAGAACGGACAGGAAGUGAUCCAUUCUAAGCUGCAGGAAGCAGAGGACGCAUGGGCGGCGCUGCUUUUGAGGGCUAUGAGUUGCCACAGCCGAUUGGAGUGGACCGUGAGCCAGUGGGAUCUGUUUGUGGAGUCCCGGGCACAGCUGCAGGGCUGGUUGGAGCAGGUGGAGGCUGAGGUGAAAGGCCCUCUGGAGCCUCAGCUGGGUUUGAGGGAGAAAAGACAACAGCUGGAACGGCUGUGCUUGCUCUUGACCGACGUGGAGGACCAUCAGGGAGCGCUGUGUUAUCUGGAGGAAAGUGCGGCUGAGCUGUACAAACGCACUGGAGACCCCACCUUCAGGGAGGAUGAGACUGCCCUCCUUAGGGCGCAGUUUGAUGACGUCCGAGCCGCCACAGAGGAGAGAGUCAGACUUUCAGAAGGUGUCGUUUUUGAGCAUGAGAAGUAUGUGGAGACAGUGCGAGAACUCACUGACUGGCUACUGUCAAAAGGGGAGGAGCUUCAGAGAUGUUCUGACCCAUCUGGUGACUCGGCCUCCAUUCAGCAGAAGCUCACAGAUGUUCGGGAUCUCUUGGCUCAGUGUGUUUGUGAGGGUCGUGAGCGUUUGAGGCGUGUGCGUUUGAGCUGUGACAGAGCCGGCCGGCUGACUGCUGCUGCGGGCUGUGAGCUGAUGGAUGCUGAGGUACAGGCUCUGUCCCGCGCGCUGCAGCAAUGGGAAGGACGGGCACUCAGCACCCGCGAUGCCCUGGAGACAGCCGUCGCUGCAGCGACUGGCGCCGAGCGGGAGCGUUCACGCCUCAACGAGCAGCUGGAGGGAGAGAUGGAGCGGCUGGAGGAGCGACUGAAGGAGUGGAGUGAGGGACUAAGCCGCUCAGAGAGGAGGAACAGCGGAACAGCCGCAGUGGAGGGAUGGACUCUCGCUAAGGGUGUUCUGGAAGGCCUGCAUGCAGCUGAAGUAAUGGAGGAGAAGCUGAAGGCUCAGCUCAAUGAGCUGUAUGGAUUUUCAAGUGAUCUGGGCCCUCAGUCGGAGAGAGUCAGUGCUCUCAUCAAACUACACAACAGCCUUGGCCUGCGUGCCUCCAGAGAAUGUCAAAACAAGGAGAAGCUCCUCGAACAGCGUUUCCGGUCCUCACUACGUGACUUCCGUCAGUGGCUCGUCAACGCCAAAAUCUCCACCGCCAAGUGCUUUGACUCUCCACACAGCAUUCAGGAGGCUUCUGGUGCCCUUCAGAAGAUUCAGGAGUUCAUGAGUGACAGGGAGCAAGGCCAGGCCAGAUUAGACGCCGUUCUGGCCCACGGGGAGCAGCUCAGCACAGUUGUGCCGGCCGACAGAGUGGAGGCGGUCAGGGCCAAAGUCAGUGCUGCCAGCGAUGACUGGGGGAACCUAAUGGACAACCUACAGCAGAAAGAGACCUUAUUACAGGGUCUGCAAUCUCGGAUGCAGGAAUUUGAAGAAAGUGUGCAGCCACUUCAGGAUUGGUUAAACCGAACAGAAGUCACUGUACAAGAGAGCAGCGCUCGCCUCCAUGACCUUCCUGCAAAGAGACUGGAGCUAUGCAAACUCCAGUCCGUGCUGGAGGAGAUGUGCUCCAAAGAGCCAGAUCUGGGAGGGCUGAGGGAAAGAGCUCAUAGCCUUUGGGAGGGUCAGGCUGCUGGGAAGGGAUUUGUGCACCGAGUCUGCCAGCUAGCAGCACGCUAUCUGGCCCUCAGCAACAGGACUAAGGAGAAAGUGUCGAGGAUAGAACGUGUAGUGGGGGAACACCAGCUCUUCUCCCAGGGUUUGCAGGAGCUUCAGAGUUGGGUUUUAGAAGCACAGGAGAUCCUUGAAACCUGCCAGUCCGCUACAGCCAAUAAGAGUGUGCUGAUCACCAGAAUGGGCCAACUCGAGGCUCUAUUGACAGCUCGUCAGGAGAGGGAGAUUCAGCUGAAGAUGCUCAUCACAAGAGGGGAGGCGGUCCAGAGAAACACAUCUGCAGAAGGAGUACCUGUGGUCCGGAAACAGAUUCAGGAUCUUAAAGAUUCUUGGGAUUUGCUUCUCUCUGCAUCCAUACAGUGCAAAAGCCAGCUGGAGAGUGCCUUGUCUCACUGGACCAGCUAUCAGGAGGAUGUGAGCCAGUUUGAGGGAUGGUUGGAACGAGUGGAGGAUAGUCUGGGGAGCACGGAUAAACGCUAUACUGAGAUGAGGGACAAGACUGCCAACCUGCGCAGGGCUAAGCUGCUUUAUGAAGAAGUAUUGAGUCGCUCCAGCCCUCUGGACACCAUUGCCACAAAGGGUUCUAAUAUGGCUGAGAACUCAGCCACCCAACAAGAAGUUCACAAGCUCAGUGAGCGAUAUGAAGCCAUCAAAGCCAAAGCCAAGGCUGCAGUUAACAAGGCAGAGGAGCUGGUUCUGGUCCAUCAGGAAUACCAGCGGGGUCUGCACAUGUUUGAGGACUGGCUAGAGCAAGAACAGAGCAAUUUGGCUCUCCUUUCACCCCUGGAUGGAGAUUUGGACACGCUGGGGAAGACCCUGAAGGAACUGCAAAUGCUGCAGUCACGUUUUUCAGAGGGCCACACGUUACUCAGAUCAGCGCUGACUAGCCGUGAGCAGGUCAUCCCUUGGGGCAUCCCACAGAUUGAGGAACGGGCACUAGAGACAGCACAGAGAGAGUGGCAAGGCUACCAGGACAGGAUGGGGGAUACAAAAGCCCAAGUAGAGCAAACCCUUGUGAGACUCCAGAAGUUAGAGGACUGCUUCCAGAACCUGGACCAGUGGCUAGUUGACAUUGAGCUCAAAGUGAGGCUGCGAAGCCACCGACGCUCAGAUUCCACUACUAAAGACAUCCAGCUGCAGCAGCUGCUGCGAUGGCAGACGGAGGCUGGACAGAAGCAGUCAGAGAUGGAAGGACUCAGUGCUCUUGCACAGCAAAUCGUUGAGGACACCCAUGUCAGUGCCAGGGUCAGCGCAAGGGUCACUCAGCUGACUGCCCGUUACCAUGCUCUGCUCAUCCGCAUGCAGGAGACUAUCAAACAGCUUCAAGAGGAAAUCACGAGCAUUGCGGAGGCUCAGAGCACCCUCAGGACCUUCUCCGACUGGUUGAGCGUAGCAACAGCGGAUUUCAGAACAGUCAGCGAAAACAAGGAAGCUCUGGACCGUACCACUAUGGAGAAAAAGAUGAAGAAGCUGGAGUCUCUACAGGGUAACAUGGAUCAUGGCCACAGCCUGUUGAAGACGCUUCGGGAAAGGGUUGAGCAAGCUGUCUCCUUUUUGGAUGACAGCGGAGCCUCUAAGCUGGAGAAAGAUGUGCAGGCUGGUCGAUCCCAGCUAGAGGAGCUAAUCUUGGGCCUGAGAACUGAGCAUGGCACCACAGAGAGAAGCAUCCUGUUCUAUAAGGAGUUCCAGGAGCGCUACAAGGCGCAGCUGCAGUGGUUGAGUGAGACUAGAGCUCUGUUUAACUCUUCUGUGGAACCCAAAGCUGAGCUCUACCAGAGAAGAGCCCAACUGGCCAAAUACAAGGCUGUGGAGCAGGCCCUGCUGUCUCGGAAUUCUGCAGUGAGCUCAGUGCUGGAGAAAGGGGAAAAUUUGCUGUCGCAUCUGCACUCUCCCUCCAUCAGAGAAAACAUGGACAGACUGCAGGCCAAUUACAAGGAGCUGUGCACAGCUGCCAGGGCCCAGGUCCAGAGGUUGGAGGGGCAUGUGAAGAAGCAGGAAGUGUAUCACUCUGAGCUCCAGGAAGUGGAGCGAUGGCUACUGCAAAUGUCUAGCAGGAUGGUGACCCCUGACCCUGCUCCAGGCAGUGGGCUGGAGGCAGCCACUCAACAACUGGCCAGGCACAAGGCCAUCAUGGAGGAGAUUGCGGGCUUUGAGGAGCGUCUGGCGGGGCUGAAGGAGAGAGGAGAGGAGCUGGUGUCUGGAUGCAGUGAGCGCAUCCAGGCUCGCCUUCGCCAGCAGACUCAAAGCCACCUGCAGGGAGCUCGAGACAGCUACUCGGCCAUCUGCAGCACAGCACAGCGCGUUUAUCAGAGUCUGGACCGGGAGCUGCAGAGGCACGUGAGCUUACGAGAUGCACUGCAGCAGUGUCAGACCUGGCUGUCCAACAUGCAUGAGGAAUUACAGCCCCCUGUGCAUACACCUCGCUGCCUGGAAGAGGCACUUAUUCAGGUGAAGCAGGAGCGAACUCUGCAGGAACAGGCCAGUACCUACCUGCAGCUGGUCUGCUCUACCUGUGACCUGUCUGAUGAGAAGGUGCAGGAGACUGCUGCUGAUAUCCAGCAGGUCAAAAUUCAGGUUGAGGAGAGGAUGUUGGAAUCCCAAGAAUUGGCAGAGAGCUGGAGGGCAAUAAAAGGCCUGCGUUCUGAUCUCGAGUUUCGUCUCAGAGAGGCAGAGCAACUUCUUCAGAACAUGCUCCGGAGAUCAGCAGAACUUGAGCCAAAAGUUGCCCAGAAUCAGCUGGACCAAGCCCAGGACUUUAUCCAGGAGGUGCAAGCCAGGCAGGCUGAUCUUACCCAUCUGAGAGAAAGUGUCGGUAAACUGAUGACUGGUCAGGAGUCCCCCGAGCUGGUGGAAGUGGGUCGCCUGCGUCGAGCUUGGCUGGAACUGGGCAAGCAGGCUGCAAAGCUGCUAGAGCAGAGAGAGCAGGAUCUCCAGAGAAGUGGGGAUUAUCAUGAAUGCCUCAGUAUGGCAGAGGAGCUGUUUGACCAGUUGUCCAAGGAAUGGGAAUAUCUGACCAGGGGGGACACAGAGAGGAGUAUUGUAAUGUAUUUGGAUGCCUUGAAAAAACUGUCUGUAGAUCUUCAGGAUCAGAGGUGUGUGCUAGAUGCCUUGAGAGAUAACAGGAACACAAUUCUGCCACGACUUGGUCUUGAAGAUAAGGACCUUGUCAAGGAGCAGGUGGGUUACCUGGAGCAACGCUGGACCCAGUUGGAAAUGCAGGUUCACCAGAAGAUCCAGGACAUAGUACAGACCCUUGAAGACCUGAACCAUUUAGAAGACCAGUUACGGGAGACCCAAGAGUGGGCUGAAGUUCAGCGACCAUCCAUCUCCAAGGUGCUAAAAACCAGUCCCCCUCCUGAUUUGGCUCAGAGCUUUUUGUUUGACCACUUGAGCUUUUGUGCAGAACUGGAAGCUAAACAACAGCUCCUGACUCAAGUUGUGUCUGAGGCUGACAGCCUCUCUUCUCAUUUAGGUCUAGAUGAUAGGAAGACGCUGCAGGCUUUGGUGCAAGAAGUGCAAGUGCUUCUUGAAUCUCUAGGAUCUAAGGCAGCUCAACAUCGCAAAAGCCUCAGUAAAUUAUUCACAGAACGGACACAGUUUCUCCAGGCUCUGGACAGGGCAGCUGGAUGGAUCAAACAACAAGAGCAGAGAGUUCUUGCAGAUGAACACAUAGCACUCUUACCAGACGGGCUCUCCAAGCAGGUGUCUACUUGCAAAAAUAUAUGUAGCACUCUAAGGGCGUAUCAGGUGGAGCUGACCUCGCUUUGGACACAGGGACGUGAGUUAGUGAAGGAUACAACAGAAGAGAAAAAGACUGAGACUCUUCAGAGGCUUGAGGAACUACAGGGAACAUUUGAGGCUUCCCUCCAAAGAUGCACCCAGCACUUGCAGCAUCUGGAGAAAGCACUGGUUAUCCGGAAGUAUUUCAAAGUAGACCUGGACAGAGUCUGUGAGUGGCUGAGACAAGCAGAGGCAGCCACAUUCCCUGUAGUUAAUCUCAGUGGAAGUGAUGAGGAACUGCAGAACCAGUUGGACAAGUACCAGCAGCUUCUGGUUCAUACCUCAGCUUAUGAGAAUCUUCUGCUCAUUGUCCAGCGGGCAGGACAGGAAAUUCUUCCCACCCUAAAUGAGGUGGAUCAUUGCUACCUGGAUGAGAAACUUAAUGGCCUUCCACAACAAUACAACAACAUUCUAAUAUCAACCAAAGAAAAGCGAGAAAGAGUGCAACAAGUGAUUCAAGAACGCAGAGAAUUUGAGUCCCUUAUAGAAGUGACACGCAAGGCUUUAGGGGAGCUUCAGGAGCAGUGUGAUGCCUUAGAGAAGCAGAUAACCAACCAAAGUCUUGAGGAUGGAAAAAGGUUACAUAGUGAUUAUGCUGACCUACAGAAAGGGCUUGCAAAUCUUUUUCAGGCAUUGAAAGAGUUGAGGGGUAAAACUCAGGAUUUCCAUAGCAAGGGACAGCCAUAUACACCUGAGAUCAUUGAUCAGCUAGCUAGUCUCCAUAAUAGACUUGAUCUAGUGACAAAGGAAAAAGUUAAGCAGCUGAAUAGCACAUUGAAUUUAUUAGAAGACUACAAUGCCAAGGUUGUAAAAAUGGAUAGCGGCAUGAAUGAAAUCAAGGAACACAUGGAUAAACUUUGUUCUGAGGAGCAGUUAGAUGCCAUGGAGAGAUUCUCUAGACUACACAAACUGGCCAAAGAUCUAGAAGAGACUAUUUCUUAUUCAGAAAGUUUUACAGGACAGAUAGUGGAAUUAAGCCAGCACUUUGAUCCUGACACCCUUACAAAUCAGGUUGCCUCUAAGGAGCCACAGCUUCAGGCCUUGAAAUCAAAGAUUUUUAAAUGCAUAGAAGAAUGUGAGUGUUGUAUAGUGGGAAGGUACAGUUUACAGAAAAAAAUCGAAGCAACCUUGGAGUGGCUCAGUAAGCUCAGAGAUAGACUCAAAUGUCCAUUAAAUCUCCAGGAAACAAAUGUGGACAUAGUUCAGGAUGAGGUCAGGUCAGUACUAGCACUUCAAGGAGAAGUUAAGUCUAGGCUUAAGUUAUUGGAGGUUUUAAGCCAAAAUGAGAAACAAAAAUACAGUGCUGAACAGACCUUUCCCAGUCACAUUGAGGACUAUUUAAAGGACAUUGCAGUGUUGGAAACUGAGGUUCAGCAAGCACUCACAACUAAACAGGCAGCCUUACAGUCAGCACUGUCCUUGCUACAAACAUACAAGUGUGCCUUGAAGUCUACUCAUCAGUGGAAUGAGGAUGCUGAUACCGUCUUAAAACAGACUAGCCAGAAACCAGAUUUGGAAGACUUUAAAGAGUACCUUUGGGAAGCAGAAAGAGUGAUAGCUCAGAAGCAGACCCUCAACAAUGCAGUGUGGGAAAUUGAGGCACUGUUCCUUCAGAUGGAGGACUUUUUUGACUGUGCUGUUGUUGAAGAACUCAAACAGGACUAUGAGAGUACUUUUCAAAGGAGUUCGAAGCUCAUGAAGCAGCUAGGACAUCACCAGGAAACCUUAAACAGAUGGUCUACUCAGUGGAGAUCAUUCCAGAAAGAGAGCGAAGAGGUUGUAAAGCAAAUGAGUGAGACUGAGAGAAGAUUGGCGGAGUUUAGCACAGCUAAAGCUAGCUCCCUUGAAGAGGCUGAGGACAAGCUCCAUUCUCACCAAACUAUUAUAUUCCAGGUGGAAUCUUUUCAGGACAAACUGACAAAGCUGAAAGAGCAGAUCACUCACUUUGAUGAGGCUAUAUCCAGUGCCAUGGCAUCUCGAUCUGUCUGUGCAUUGUGCUGUCGGUGGACUCAGUUGAGCAGUGUAGCUAGAGCACAGGAGAAGGCUCUGAAGGACACUGUACAUGACUGGAUGUGUUUUAAGGAGAAGCUGGAGAAGAUGAAGGUGGUGUCAGAGGACUUGCACAGCCGAGUUCCUGACAGUGUAGUAGAGAAAGCGGCCAGUAUGGUGGCUUUACACAGUCUCUUAGAGUACCAUGAUUCCUUCAGCCGAGAGGUGGAGAGAGAGAGCAGUGCCCUGACCCUCCUCAGACACCACGCCAUCAGCCUACUUCUUCAUUGUGACACAGCAGGAGAAUUCACACACAGCAGCCAGGCAACUUCACCUAGCCGUCGACCAGCUGCUCCUAGCAACCAGCCAACCACACACAGCAACCGAGCAACCUCAUCCAGCUACCAGCCAGCCACAGCCAGCAACCAGACAGCCUCACCCAGCAACAUGACAGCCUCACCAAACAACCAGGAUACCUCACUCAGCAACCAAUCAGCCAUGUCUAGCAACCCCUUACACACUCCCAGCAACCAGUCAACCACACCUAGCAACCAAUUACUUGCUCCCAGCAACCAGACAACCUUGCCUAGCAACCAAUCAACCAUGUCUGGUGAUGGUUUCCAUAUUCCCAGCAGCAAGUCAACUACACCUAUCUACCAGGCAACCUCACCGUGCAGCCAGACAAGCAGACCCUGCAACACAGAGGCACUGUGUCUGCAGGAGAUUCAGGCAAUGCAGGAAAAAUAUGAGAGUCUGUUACAGCAGGUGUUUGUGAGCCGGCAGCAGGUGCAGUUGGAGCUGGUGGAGCGAGAGGAGGUGGAGAGGGAGCUAGAACUAGUUAAAGGCUGGAUCCAGGACACGCAGGGUCUGCUGCUCAGCCCCACGGCAGACCUGGACACCCUGCUGUCCGACCUUGAGAUGGCUCAUGGUGGUGUGCAGUCUCAGCGACAGGCUCUGGAGCAGAUUGCAGACCGCCAACAGAUGAAAUACAACGACCUCCAUGCUACCCUGCCCUCUGAGAUCAGCACACAAUUAGCAGAGGUCACACUGGCACUGAGUUCAGCUGAGGAUCAGGUGCAGACCAGGGAGAGAGAAGUCCAGCACAGCAGGAAUGUUAAAGAAGAUUUUAAUGCCAGGCUACAGGACAUCUCUGAGAAAGUCAGCACCAUCUCUGUGAAACUUAAGCAGAAGUCUGUAGACGUAGAAGAGGCUAAGGAAGAGACUGAGACUCUGUGUGAGGAGCUGGAGGACUGCUCUCAUGUCCUGUCUGAGCUGGAUGUGGCUGUGCAGGAGUUUGGGGAGCAGAACCCACUGCUGGCUAGGCAGUUGGGCAUAAGCCUCAACAAGCUAUCCGAGCUCCACUCUCAGACCAGUAGGCUCGCUGAAGGAAAGACCACUCGUCUUAAAAAGGCGGAGCGGCACUUUGAGGAGUUCAAUGAGAUGCUGACCUUGGUUCUGAACUGGACAGAGAAGGCUGAAACACUUGUUUCUGCCAACAUCAUCUGGAGCCCUGCCUCCAUGAUGCAGGAACAAAUCAGAACCCAUCAGGCAUUAUUGCGGGAAUGGCGGAAGCUCCAGGGUGAGAUGGAGGGUCUUGCAGACAGAGUGGGGAUGCUAGGGGAAGUGGUGCAGACAGAAGCUCUCCACCACCAGGUGGCAGAGCUGAGUCACCAUGCUGAAGAGCUGCAGCAGCGUGCCAAAUCACGCUUGCUGAGUCUACAGGAUGCAGCCAAGGAUCUGAACAGGUUGGAGAAUGAGGUCAAGAUCCUCCAUCAGUCCAUAGAGAGAGUCCAGGAGACUCUGGCCUCGCCUGACCUGGCACGCCUCAGCCUUCGGGAACAGCUGGUCCAGAGACAACUCCUGCUGACAGAAAUGGAGGGAUUUAAAGUGCAGGUACAGGCUCUGCAGAUGUGUAUGAGCACUCUCCAGCUGCCGGAGGAGGUGAUGGCCACCUUACCCCUGUGUGUCACUGCUCAGAGUUUACAGCAAGACAGCAGCCAGCUCCAGCACACUGCCAUUCAGCAGUGCAAUAUACUGCAGGAGGCCAUGGUGCAGUAUGAACAGUAUGAACAGGAGGUGAAGAAUCUGCAGAAGCUAAUCGAGGAAGCCCACCACGUUAUACAGGACCGUCCUGUUGCUACGGGCAACAUACAAGAGCUUAAAACACAGAUACAGCACCAUGAGGAGCUGGCCCAGAAGAUAAAAGGCUACCAGGAGCAGAUAGCCGCCCUCAACUCCAAGUGCAAGAUGCUGACGGUGAAAGCCAAACAUGCUACCAUGCUGCUGACGGUCAGCGAAGUGGACGGCCUCUCGGACGGCCUGGAGGAGCUGGAGGACGAGGAGGUGGAGAUGUCCAAACACCCAGCAACACACCCCUCUGUGGUCAUGAUGACUGCAGGCCGCUGUCAUACUCUCCUCUCCCCGGUAACGGAGGAGUCUGGUGAGGAGGGCACCAACAGUGAGGUCUCCUCUCCUCCAGCCUGCAGGUCCCCCUCCCCUGGGCCUAAUGCUGACGCCUCCCUUAACCAGGCUCCUGGAAGGGCCGCAUUAAGUAGAGCUCCUUUACAGGAGCUGUAUGAUCCAUCCAUGGAGUCCAGUGCCUCUACUAACCUGGACGACUUACAGCGUUCAUGGGAAACGUUGAAGAAUGUGAUUAGUGAAAAGCAGAAGAGCCUGUAUGAAGCUCUGGAGAGGCAACAGCACUACCAAGAGGCUCUGCAGUCCGUCUCUACAAAGAUGGAGUCCAUCGAGACCUCGCUCAGUGAGGGCUUAGAACCUGGCAAGAGCCCUGAAAGCCAGAUGGCGGCUCACCAGGCUCUGAUGGAUGAGAUCCUGAUGCUGCAGGAUGAGAUAAGUGCCCUACAGGCCUGCUUCUCUGAGGAGCUGCAGCAGAAUGAAGAGAGUCCAGAGCAGGACGCAGGAGACCAGCUGGCCCUGCACUCCACCCUCACAGUGCUGGGGGAGCGCAUGGCCACCAUCCGUAUGAAAGCCUCUGGAAAACGGCAGCUACUAGAGGAGCGACUGAAUGAGCAGCUAGAAGAGCAGAGACAGGAACAGGCCCUGCAGCGUUACCAUAGCGAGGCGGAGGAACUUGACCAUUGGCUGCUCAGCACUCGGGCCACACUGAACUCUGCCCUCCAGCCAAACGCAGAGGACAUGGACAUGGAGGAGCAGCUGAUUGACUGUCAGAACAUGCUACUGGAGAUUGAGCAGAAGGUUCUGUGUCUGUCUGAGCUGUCCGUGCACAGCGAGAGCCUGCUGCUGGAGGGAAAGGCUGGUAUGCGAGGAGAUGCAGAGCAGCUUACCCUCAAACUGCACAGCCUCAAAGCCAGCCUGCUGGAACUGCAGCGCAUCCUCCAGGACAAACACACACACAUACAGGGUUCCUUGCUGGAGCAGGAAGACAGUGAGUCAGACUCAUCACUCUCCCAGAGCCCUAGCGUGCUGGACUGGCUCAGUCAGGCCCGUUCCACUCGAAGCCAGCAGCACCAGGAUAUUGUACAGAGGCAGAGGGAAUUAGAGGCCCAGAUGGAGGAGCAGAGAAAGUUGAUGCAGUCCGUCGCUUGCAGAGGGGAGGAGCUUCUCUCACAGAAAACUACACCGAAUGGAGAGAGUGCUGUAGACCUGCAGGACUCACCUGAACAUGCUGAGAGCGCUCAGAACCAUAUGAGUGUGAAGUGGGACAACCUGAGCAAAGACCUGACUGCCAAACUGCAACUUUUACUCAACACCGUGCAACAGGAGCAACUUAGCUUGGUGUACCAACGGUCACGAGUGUCCAGCCCAGGGAGCAUUUUCAGAGGGGAACAGCUAACACAGGAAGGCCUGUCCCCAAGGACUUUAUUUGAGACGUUUAGCCAAGAGCUGGAGGAACUGGCCAAGGAGGGGGGAGCUGACAGUAAACAGACCCAGGUUCUGGAGACUACUCUUUACGAAGCUGCCUCUGCAGCCUCCGGCUGGCUGGACAGUGCAGAAAACACCCUGCUGUCCGGCCCCAUGCUUUUGUCUGAUGACUCAGAGAUUCAGCUCUGCCAUCUAGAGGGUUUGAGUAAGGAGGUGAAGAAUGUCAGUGAGGAGGUAUGUAAGUGUCAGCAGGCGCUGGGGGGAGGUGCUGAGAGCAUGUGGGAUGGAGGAGGUCAUGACCUGAUUGAGGAGGUGGUGGAUGGGUUGGAGGAGAGACUGAGAUUGGUGGAUUCAUUGUUGGACCAGAGAUGUGACAGUAUUAGACAGAGACUGCAGGAACACACUACUUUCCAGACUGAACUGAGGUUAUUAUUUGCUGCUAUGAGUGACUCAAAGCAGCAGUUGCUGCAGAAGAUGUCUGGAGCUGUGGACCGGCCAGCCUCAAAACAGAUGGAGACUCUGGCAGAGGCCGAGGACAGUCUGAGGGAGUUUGAGCAGAGAGUGUCUGAGAUGAGGAGUAAAGGGGAAACGGUGCAGCCAGACCCAGUGUCCACACAGGAGCUGCUUAAACUACAGGAUGUGUAUGAGGAGCUUGUUGAGAUGGUGGGCUCAAGACGCAGUAGUUUGAACCAGACGCUGGUUCUAAAGGCACAGUAUGAGAAAGCCUUGCAAGACCUGCAGGAAUUAGUGGACACAGCCCAAGACAAGAUGGCUGCAGAUCAGAAGAUGACUGUAGGCUCAGUCCUAGAGGUUCAGAUCCUCCUAGACAAGCAUAAAGAGUUUUUCCAAGGCUUGGAAGCUCAUGUGGUGCUGACCCAGGCUUUCUUUAGGCAAGUCAGUGGGGUGGUGGUGCAGAGAGAGGCACAGGUUCUGGAGCAGUCUGUAGCUCAGGCUCAGUCAGUGCUUAAACAGGCCCACAGAAGAGGAGUGGAGCUAGAGGGCAUUCUUGAGUCAUGGAGCAGAUUGGUGGGAGAUUAUCAGGCUGUGUACAGGCAGCUGGAGGCAGUGGAGAGCAGCAUUCCCAGUGUGGGACUAGUGGAAGAGACAGAGGAAAGACUCAGUGAGAGAAUUGCACUAUAUCAGCAUCUGAAGUGCAGUCUAGCAGAGCGGCAGCAGCAGCUGUAUGAGGUGCUGGAGGACGGGAAGAAGCUGUUACUCAGUGUGUGUUGCUCAGAGCUGGAGGCUCAGCUCACUCAGCUGGGAGAGCACUGGCUCUGCUGCACCACCAAAGUCAACAAGGAGCUGCACCGUCUGGAUUCCACCCUAAAGCACUGGACCAGGUAUCAAAGUGAUUCUGCUGUGCUGGGCCAGUGGCUAGCUUCAGCUUUAGACAGACUGGAAUUCUGGAGCACUCAGUCUGUUACUGUUCCUCAGGAGCUGGAGACUGUCCGAGACCACCUCCAUGCUUUUCUGGAGUUCUCAAAAGAGGUGGAUGCUAAGUCCUCUUUGCGCUCAUCUGUUCUGAGCCGGGGUAAUCAGCUGCUGAGGCUAAAGAAGGUAGACACAGCAUCACUCAGAUCCCACUUGGCCCAGGUGGAGACACAGUGGGCUGACCUGCUCACACGUAUUCCUGUGGUCCAGGAGAAGCUACACCAGCUGCAGAUGGAGAAGCUACCAUCUCGACAUGCCAUUACAGAGCUUAUGAGUUGGAUCUCCCUCAUGGAGAACAUCAUACAAGAGGACCAGGACAAGAUUAUGGAGGCUGUGGGCUCAGGGGUGGUGCAGACAUACAUUCAAAAAUACAAGGGAUUUCGGAUUGACCUGUCCUGUAAGCAGCUGACAGUAGACUUUGUGAACCAGUCUGUUCUUCAGAUGAGCAGUCAAGAUGUAGAAGGGAAGCGCAGUGAUAAGACAGACUUUGCUGAGAGGCUGGGUGCCAUGAAUCGGCGCUGGCAAAUACUGCAGGGACUCAUUACUGAGAAGAUCCAGCUUUUGGAAGGUCUUCUUGAGAGCUGGCUUGAGUAUGAAAAUGGAGUCCAGACACUAAAAGCCUGGAUUGGCAUGCAAGAGGAAAAACUCAAAAAGAAGCCAAGGAUAGAAGAUGUUGCCUCAGCUCAGAGUGCACUGAAGAAUUGCCAGGAGCUAGAGGAGUUGGUUAAAGAGAAGGAGAAAGAGCUGGAGAAAGUGGAUGAAAAGGGACAUAUGCUCAUGCAGGACAAAAAAGGAGAGGCUACCAAUUUCGUGAUGGAAACGCUUAAGGGGCUAAACCAGGCUUGGGCCAGCUUAGACCAAAUGAUUGGCCAGGCGAAAGUGAGUCUGCGUGCAGUGCUGGACCAGUGGAGCUUGUAUAAACGAGCAGGUGAGGAGAUCCAUGGCUAUCUGAUGGAGGGUCGCUACUCCAUCUCCCGCCUGAGCCUCCUUACUGGCUCUCCAGAGGCUGUGCUCGUCCAGGUGGAGAAUUUAGAGAAUCUCCAGGAGGAGUUAGACAGGCAGGAAAGCAGUCUUAAGAAGUUUGGCUCUCUCUCCGAGCAGCUGCUGAAAGACAGCCACCCAUCAGUGGCCGACUCCCUGAACGCAGCCCUGAGUGAUGUCAAUCACAGAUGGAACACACUGCUGGAGCAGAUCUCAGAUCAGCUGAGGAGCAGUAAGAGCCUGCUGCAGUUGUGGCAGCAUUACAAAGAGCUUCAUGAGCUCAGCAGCAAAGAUGUUCAGAGACUAGAAGAGAGGGCAGAGCGUUUACUGAACAGCGCCACCCACAGGGAAAUCACAGAAGAGGAGGUGAACACCUGGAUCCAUGACUGCACUGACUUGCUGAAGACUCAUGGCUCAGUCCAAGACACCCUACAGCAGCUGGCUGAGAUCGAGGAGCAGCUGAGGCUGCAGGUUGAGCCAUCUGCAAUGGCUACUUUCCAUACAGACUGCCUGUCACUUAGCCAGCGCCUAGCAACUGUGGGAUAUGCCCUUCAAAGGCAGCAAUCUCUGCUGGAGGCCAGCGUGAACGACUAUGAGAGCUUCACAGAUGAGUUGGACUCUCUGAGCCGGUGUCCAGAGGAAGCAGAGGAGAUUCUGAAAGAAUCUGAUCCAGCUGGAUCUGCUGAGCUUUCUUGUUUGCAAGAACGUAUGGAGAAACUCAAGGCCCAUAUGCUGAAGCUGAGUCGCCUCUCGCCUGAUCUGGAGCGUUUGAAUGGCCUGGGCUACAGGCUUCCUCUAAAUGAUCAGGAGAUGAAAGGCCUACAGAAUUUGAACAGAAGCUGGGCAUCUAGCUCUGCGCACACAACAGAGAGAUUCAGUAAGCUUCAGGCUGUGGUGCUGCAGAAACAGAGCUUUCUUGAGAAGUGUGAGGAAUGGCUGGCCUUUCUCACACAGACGGAGGAAAAACUGGCUGCUGGAAUUUCAGGAAAUUAUCAGAGCUUGUUGGAGCAGCAGAGAGAGCAUGAGCUGUUCCAGGCUGAGAUGUUCAGUCGGCAGCAGAUUCUGUAUUCCAUUAUUAAUGAUGGCCAUCAGCUGCUGAAUCAAGGACGAGUGGAAGACAGAGAUGAUUUUGGCCUGAAGUUGGCACUGCUGAGUAACCAGUGGCAGGGUGUGGUGCGUCGGGCCCAGCAGAGGCGGGGGAUAAUCGACAGUUUGGUCUGCCAAUGGCAGCGCUACACUGAGCUGGCAGAAAAGCUGAGGCACUGGCUACAGGAGGUGCAGGAACCAGAGGAGCAGCAGAGAGGGACAGUGGCACUGCAGCAGGCCAGAGGAAUACUCGACCACAUACAGCUAAAGGAGCGAGUACUGCAGAGACAGCAGGGCAGCUAUGUCCUAGCAGUGGAGGCGGGGAGGCAGCUGCUACUGUCGGCCGAUGCCCGCGCUGAAGCCCUGCUGCAGGCAGAGCUCACAGACCUCCAGGAGCGGUGGAGGAGUGCCAACAUCCGCCUGGAUGAGAGGAAGAAGGAGCUGCUUUCCCUGCUGAAGGACUGGGAGCAGUGUGAGAAAGGAAUUGCUGCGUCACAUGAGAAGCUCAGAGCGUUUAAGAGAAAGCUCUCUCUGCCUUUACCUGAUCACCAUGAAGAGCUGCACAACGAGCAGAUUCGCUGCAAGGAGUUAGAGGGCAGUACAGAAGGCUGGACAGAUGAUGUGGCAGGCCUGUGUGUGCUUAGAGACUCCCUCUCCAGCAACCUGAGCUCUGAUGACCUUACAGUGCUGCAGGAAAGACUAGAACUGCUGCAGAGACAGUGGGAGGAGACCUGCCAUCAGCUGGCUCUGCGUAGGCAGCAGGUGACUGAGAAGCUAAACGAAUGGGCCGUGUUCAAUGAGAAGAACAAGGAGCUGUGCGAGUGGCUUACACACAUGGAGAGCAAAGUCUCUCAAAAUGGAGACAUCACCAUUGAGGAAAUGAUCGAAAAACUCAGAAAGGACUAUCAGGAGGAAAUCUCUGUGGCAGAGGAGAACAAGCAACAGCUAGAGCAGAUGGGGGAGAGACUGGCACGGGCCAGUCAUGAGAGCAAGGCAGCAGAGAUCCAGUACAAACUCAGCAAAGUCAAUGAGCGAUGGCAGCACCUACUUGACCUCAUCGCAGCGAGGGUGAAGAAGCUGAGGGAGACUCUGGUGGCUGUGCAGCAGUUGGAUAAGAACAUGAGCACUCUGCGCUCAUGGCUGGCUCACAUUGAAACAGAGCUCUCCCGGCCCAUAGUGUAUGAGACGUGCGACGCAAAUGAGAUCCAGAAGAAACUAAACCAGCAGCAGGAUUUGCAGAGGGACAUUGAGAAGCACAGCACAGCCGUAGCGUCUGUGCUGAACCUGUGUGAGGUGCUUCUGCAUGACUGCGAUGCCUGCGCCACAGAGACGGAAUGCGACUCCAUCCAGCAGGCCACGCGUGGCCUGGACCGCCGCUGGAGGAACAUCUGUGCUGUGGCCAUGGAACGGAGGCUCAAAAUUGAGGAAACGUGGAGACUGUGGCAGAAGUUUCUGGAUGAUUAUUCACGCUUCGAGGACUGGCUGAAAGCAUCUGAAAGGACAGCAGCUCUGCCCAACUCUUCAGGCGUUCUGUACACUGUUGCCAAGGAGGAGCUCAAGAAGUUUGAGGCAUUUCAGAGGCAGGUACAGGAGUGUUUGACCCAGCUGGAGCUGAUCAAUAAGCAGUACCGGCGACUGGCCCGUGAGAACCGCACAGAUUCUUCUUGCCGACUGCGGCAAAUGGUACAUGAUGGAAAUCGACGCUGGGACACGCUGCAGAGGAGGGUCGCUGCCAUCCUGCGUAGGCUGAAGCACUUCAUUAGUCAGCGUGAGGAGUUCGAGACAGCCAGAGACAGCAUUCUGGUGUGGCUGACUGAGAUGGAUCUGCAGCUCACCAACAUAGAGCACUUCUCAGAGUGUGACGUCCAGGCCAAGAUAAAACAGCUGAAGGCGUUCCAGCAGGAGAUUGAGCUGAACACUGGGAAGAUUGGCAGUGUGUUCAGUCAGGGCGAGGCUCUAAUGGAGAAGAGUGAGCCUCUAGACGCUGCAGUUAUCGAAGAGGAGCUGGACGAGUUGCAGAGGUACUGCAGGGAGGUCUUUGGCCGUGUGGAGCGCUACUACAGAAAACUCACACGCCUGCCGUUGCUUGAUGAUGAAUGUGAUGGUUCAGAUCGGGAGUUUGACUUAGAGGGCUCAGGUGACUUUUCUGACCUCCAAUGGGAAGAGAGCAACUCUUUGCCACGCACCAACAGCAGGCCACCAUCAGUUACUACAGCGCCCCCACGUGCCAAUGGCUCAGGCCGGGACACUCCUGCCAGCGUGGACUCAAUUCCCCUGGAAUGGGACCAUGACUAUGAUCUUGAGCCUAUGAGUCAUACCAUCUCAUCAGAAAAGAGGGUGCGAGAUGGAGAGGAGGAUGAAGAUAUUCUGUGCAGUGCCACUGCAGCUCUCACAGACGUAGUGAUUCCUGAGAGCCCUGAGGCUUAUAUAAAACUGACAGAAAACACACUGAGGUCUUCCUCUGGUGAAACAGCUCGUAAUAUACUUGAGCAUAGCCACAACACCUCGUACAUGGGAUAUAUGCGAUUGAUGGGAGACUGUCGGGGCAGUAUAGAUGCUGUGAAAAGAGCAGAGGGAGAGCUGGAGGAGGAAGAUGAUGACCUGUCAGGACUUAGAAAUCCUGAAAACACAGAGACACAAAACACAGGUGUGAUUGAGCGCUGGGAGCUGAUCCAGGCUCAGUCCCACAGCUCAGAGCACAAUCCGAGAGAAAACCUGUUGCUAAUACAACAGCUCACCUCUGACCUGGAGGCAAUGGAGAUGUGGCUUAGCCAGGCAGAGGCGGAGUUGGCUGAGCUGAGAGGGAAAAACCUAAGCACAGAUAUACUCACCAUCGAGCAGAGGAUCAGAAAAUUAAAGGAGCUGCAGAAGGCCGUGGAUGCCCACAAGUCCAAAGUCCUAUCCAUCAACUUGAGCAGCGUUGGGCUCCUUCAGUCUGACUCUGAGGAGAGCAGGAAGCUGAGAGAGAGGCUGAAGGAGAUGAACUCGCGCUGGGAUCGACUCGGCAAGUCACUGCAGCAGUGGAGAGGAGCACUGCAGGGAGCUCUUAUGCAAUGCCAGGAGUUCCAUGAGCUGAGUCAUGGCCUUCUGCUCUGGCUUGAGAACAUUGACCGCAGGAGGAAUGAAAUUAUUCCUAUCUCGGCAGGACUGGACUGUCAAACGCUCCGAGCCCAUUACAGAGCACUUCAGCAAAUCCAGCAGGAGCUCAUGGAUUCGGAGCAGAGGGUGAGCGUCCUGCAGGAUCUUUCUGUGCAGCUGCUUGUUCAGGCGCAGGGCAGUGAGUGCCUGGAGGCGCAGGAGAGGGUGCAUGUCAUCGGGAACCGUCUUCGCCUGCUGCUCAAGGCCGUGGCCUCUGAUCUGCAGCUGCUGGAGCGAGAACUCGAGGCCUUUGGAGACACACAGGACCUGUCUGUUUGGCCUGCUGUUAAUGAUGUCGAUACAUCAGGGUCUGCCAGUCCUGUGUCUGUGGUCAGUGUGCCUGUUCAGCAUCAGUCGCUACGGGGCAAAUGUAUUGUGUCAGAAGCAGGAUCCUCAGCCAGCGUUCCACGCCGCAGGUCCCCCGGGGGUUCUGCUUGCGCUUCCUCUCGCUCUGGUACGCCCAGGCCUCGAGGUGGCGCUGCUGCGGGCCGCUGCCAGCCCUUCCUGCUGCGAGUGCUCAGAGCCGCUCUUCCACUGCAGCUCCUGCUCCUGCUCAUUGUGGGCUUGGCCUGUCUGGUGCCCAUGACUGAGGAGGACUACAGCUGCGCCCACGCCAACAACUUCGCCCGCUCGUUCCACCCCAUGCUCCGUUACACCAAUGGUCCUCCACCCAUAUGAGCUGCCUGUUUCAUUAAUAUCAGACUUUCUUCAAGAUCCAGCAAAGUAUUGAACUGACAGCAAUGACUGUUUGUUAGCCAAAGUUGAUUUAUUCUUGUACAGUUAAAUACCGCUGCUAUUUUGUUUUUAUUUUUAUGUAUUAUUUAAAUUAUGAAUUUCAAUCAAAAUGUAAUGAGGGUCUCCUAAUGGCAGGUCUGACCCCUAGAAGAAGAAUCAGUGAGGCCCGAAUUAUGUUUUCCCAUCCCAAAUGAAUCAGGAGACAAUGAAGAGUGAAUCUGAUGUAAGCUAUAGCACUGACUUGAGCUCAUUUCAAGGUACUGCACUUAAACCGUCCAACAAAAUGGCCAAUGUUAUUUGCUUGGUCUAAGAUAAUUAUUUUUUCAUUUAAAUGUUUUAUUUAAGACAAAAACGCUAUAUAUAAAUGUCAAAGUGAUUUUUGAGAAAUAUUUGUAAGGCUAUUAUACAUGCAGUUAUUUUAUUUAAUUUUUUUACCUUUAUUUCAAGGCAUGCGGUUAAUGUGUUAUGUUUUUGAAACACACCAAACAAUCACAGAGUUACUGGUUUAUGAAAGACUUUUUUUUUUUUUUUUUUUUUUUUUUUUUUUUUUUUUUUAGUUUUGGCAACUAUGACUGACUUGGUAGCUCACUCGAUUGUUAAAAAUAUGUAUAAAAUCGUCAGUGCUUAUUUAUGUAUGUACAGUUUGCUAAUGCUCACAGCAACAAAUGUCUUUCCAUUUAAUAUAUACUAAAUAUUAUUCUGGUUCAAUCUUUUUUAUGUUUGUGUGAACUAAUGUUUAUGAAGUAA